CUAGCAUCCUUUGGGACUCAACAGAGUCCAUGUCCAGCAGCAGUCCAGCUGCAUAGAUGCACUCUUCCCACACUGGUUCCCUGGCACCUCCCAAUCAGCCUUUUAGGUUUCCAAUUCCUCCCAGCUCCUUUCCCUUCUUUCUCCCUCCCACGCUGUUUCCCAGAGCUUGCUACUGUGAAUGUAUGGCUUUUCUGUGUGGCUCUGCUCCUUCUCCAGCCUGUUGCUGAGGACCUAAAGUGAGAAGCACAGCAACUUCCACACAGGAAGCACCUGCUGCCCAGUGGCCAGCAGCCUGCCCGCAGUCCGUCUGCUGGUGUUUCUCAACACAUUUGGAACUGACUCCCUUCAGCAGUUCUCAGCAAGAUCCCACUCCUUCCUACCCUAGCUUGCUGCCAGAAUCAUUUCUUGAGAUAAGGUUUGGAUGCUGUACUAAAACCGUCAAUUUUCUCUCUCUGGCACUGGGCUCCUGCUUUCGCUGCUGCUCUCAAAUGACACUCGGUGACUGCUCUGUCCUUACUGUUUUGUUAAAAAUUAAGUUGUUUUAUUAGAAAUCUAAUUUGCAUGUUAAGGUAAGCAAAGAAGAGAAUCAUGGUUUCCUUGCCUGAAAACUGGGAUGUAGCUUUGAGCUUCUCUGUGCCUAUGCAGAAAAUAAAACCAUCUUUGCUACAAAUAUGCAUCUCCCUUAAAUAUUUUGAAAAUACUUAAUGGCCAUCUGCUGCACGAGCCAUUACUGGUUUUAUAAGUAAAGUGGGAGACUGUCAAGGCAGGGGGUGGUUUUGGGAAGGGAGAAGUGAAGGGCAUUCACCAAAAUGCAGUGUUUUAGCAGUACAAGAGGGCUUCUGAACACUUCCAUUUUCCUGAGCAGAUUUCCAGAAUGUGAUGGCCACUGCCUGAAACAAAGCCAUUGGACAGGUCCAUUUAAAACCAUGCACGGCUCCCAAACCUGCAUGAUGUGGUAGAGUUUGGCCAAGGAAACAGGACCACCUCAGCUUCUCACUCUCUAAAGUCUUCAGUUCCACUAUUUCUAUUUUCCUUCUUGAGAUUUAAGCCAAGGUGAUGUGCUGUCUGUCAGAAAACCUAGUGCACCUCAGGGAUUCUUACAGCAGGAGGAAGUGUGACCCUGCUACACAGCAUCCUGCAGAGGAGUCAGUGACCGAGGUCUCUAAGGAGGACAGCAACAUUUGAGGUUGCAAGGCAAUGAAGUGGCAUGGUCUGGGAGCUGGGAAAAUGCUAAAGAGAUGGCAAAACCUGGGAUCAGGUAGUGAAGAGGGCAAAGUAAUUGUUUCUCUCUCCUGAGAAUGCUGAUGUUUCACUGCACUUUUUCUUUGUUCCAAGGUGGGUUGGGAAGCCAAAAUAGUAAGUACUCCUCUGAAGGAAAGGGGUGGAAGUAUUUCCUCUGAGAAAUUUUCAUGGGGAAAAAAACAUGAGAGCAGUACAAGAUUUCAGCACUCUGAAAUGGAAGAAGGGAGAGGGAGGUGAAUUUCCCUGAGGAAGAAACCCAUGUUGACAUUUGUAGCUGAGGAUUUCAUUUGGACUCAGCAUUUUCUGAAGCUGGUGGCCCACAGCCAAAGCUGUCUGGUUGCCACUGUACCCAGGAGUGGAGCUGGUUUAAACAGCACUUUGAUGUGAUGGAUCAUUUACUUAAAAUAUCAUCAUUUCAAAAUGGACCGAACCCCAUGGAGUCUCUCCUUUAAUCACCACAUCUUUCCUUUCCUUUUCACAGCUGGCUGAGCAUCCAACACUAAAUACCACCUCCAUGUCCUCACAGCAGCCCCCUGGCUUCCCUUGGUGGCUCACUGGGGCCAGCCCCAGCUCAGCCUUGGAUGAGUCCUAGAGAACUUCCCGUGAAAGCCGGUUAGGUGUAUGUGUAUUGUCCAGAGGGAUAUAAUUCACCCUGCAACCCUCUCCUUUGGGAAGUCAGGGAGGCUCCUCGAGUGUUACCUCUCCUCGAGACUGUCAGUCUCUUAUCUACUUCUGUGCUGUCAGUCAUUGUCACAGCACACAUUAUGAACCAGCAGAAAUGAUGCAGUAGGUCCUUUCCUGUCAGGCUGCACAGGGCCAGCUUAAGAUGCAUUAUAGAUACAGCAAGCCCUCAUGUUAAUCCAGCCUGAAUCAGAUCACCUUACUGCGGGGCUGCAUCCUUAUCUUGCUCCCAGCUGGGGAGAUAGCAUUCAAGCUGUGCUGAGGUGGGGAGGGGUCUUGUUCUUUCCAAUAUCACCAAAUUUUUCUGUUCCCACUAGCCUCUCAACAUUGGCUGUUGCAUGGGUGAAAGGCUUUUCUGCUCCCUUGCCUUGCUGAAAUAACAGCCUAUUCCCUCCCACCUGCUCUGCUCCUGCAGGAUCUCCCCACCACCACCACUGCCGGCAGCAUGGAAAGCGUGCGUGAGCUCCAAAACCCACUCUUGGCCAAAUCCAAUGGCCACCUUCGCAGCAGCUAUUCUUACCACCAGCAUCACAGCCAGGACUACCCCAGUCAUCGCUGCCAAGGGAAACUGUAUUCCUACAUAUUCCAAAACACUGGCGGUGCCAGGACUCACCAGCUGCUGGAUGCCAGUUCCCUGCAGCUGGCUGUCGAAGCUUUGUACGGCCCCAGUUUCAUCCUCGUGAAGGAUGAGACUGCUCUCAAGGCCAAGGACAGCAAGAUGGAAAGCUGCGAGACCACUUUUACAGAAAGCAAAGAGUCUCCAUCUGAAGCUCCUGAAGGGCAUGAGGCACAAGGGUCCUGCCUGGUAGAGAGUGACAUCCGCAUCCAAACUGUUUCCUAUGAGGUGGAGGAAGAGGAGCUCCAGGAGUAUGAGAGCGAUUCCUCCAGCGACAGCGAAAGCGAGGAUCAUUUCCUGAUGCUCCCCCCCCGGGACCACUUGGGCUUGGCCCUUUUCUCCAUGCUGUGUUGCUUCUGGCCCCUGGGGAUUGCUGCCUUCUACUUCUCUCAAGGGACCAGCAAGGCUGUCUCCAAAGGAGAUUUUCAUCUGGCCAGUUCAGCUUCCCGCCGAGCUCUCUUCCUUGCCGCGCUCUCCAUAACCAUUGGCACAGGAGUGUACAUCGGGGUGGUGGUGGCACUGAUUGCUUAUCUCUCGAAGGGGGGCCACGUGUAGCUGCCACCUGCAUGUCACUGCCAUCCCUGGCCGCUGACCCUUCUGGGAUUGAGCUUUCCUGCGGAGCACAGAGCACCAGUGCCUGCAAGGGCUGCUUGCACAGCAGGGCCCCAGCAUGGAUGUCCUGUGCAGGUUUUCUUCCUCUUUCAGACAAACAGUAGACCCCUGUUCUCCCUGAGGCUGUGGCGUGCAACCAUCUAACAACAGGGAAUUGAGCACCAGCCUGGCUGAUGGGACAAGGAGGAGCACAUUUGCCUGGUGGAAGAUGUGCAGGAGAGAAACCACACGCUGCUGCUGGGCUGGUGCGACCACCCUGAUUUGGGGCUACAGCUUCCCUUCUCAGCCCCGCAGACUUGCCCAGGCUUGGCCCAUGAAGGGUACACACAGGGAGAAGAGGGAACACGGUGCCAGGCAAUGACUGCUGCUUCUUCUGGGAGGCCAGAGUCCUGGUGGGGUCUCCAGACUCCUG